GCCAAUGAAAUAGGUCUGUUUUUAAAAGGGAGUGGUUUCAUGGGUUUCUAUAACACAACGCACUUCCUUACCGGCAUUUUAGUAUUAACACGCGAAGUUAAACAGUCUUUGGUGUACUUACUAGCUAUUUAUUUAUUUAUUGUGGAACGUGUUUACCUUUACUUUAAAUAUGCUUGGCCUGUGCCUUUAUGUGCCUGUUCCAAAUUCGGAUGCGACUGAAUUCGAGUAUUUUGAGUCCAAUGGACUACCAUCGGAGUUGAAAUCGCUCUUCAAAUUGAGUGUGUUUCUACCUUCACAAGAGUUUUCUACUUAUCGGAAAUGGAGAAAGAAAGUAGUGAAAAGUGCAGAUAAGGACCUGAAUGGGCAGAUGGUCUUUGAGGAGUUCGUGAACUAUUUGCAAGAUCAUGAGAAAGACCUGAAACUUGUCUUCAAGAGCCUGGACAGAAGGAGAGCUGGUAAAAUAUAUUCUAAGGAGAUCAUGGAGUCACUCCAGGACCUUGGUGUUCACAUAUCACAGCAGCAUGCCGAGAAGAUUCUACAAAGCAUGGAUAAGAAUGGCACAAUGACCACCGACUGGAAUGAGUGGAGAAACUACCCUCUGCUACAGCCCAAAGAGAACAACAUCCCUGAGAUCACCCUCUACUGGAAACAUUCCACGCUCUUUGAUGUAGGUGAGAAUCUGAUGGUGCCUGAUGACUUCACAACAGAGGAAAAACUGACAGGAAUGUGGUGGAGGCAUCUGGUUGCAGGCGGAGGUGCAGGAGCAGUGUCCCGAACAUUCACCGCCCCCUUAGACCGUCUCAAAGUACUCAUGCAGGUCCAUGGUUCCAGUAGCAACAACAUGUGCAUCAUGAGUGGGCUCACCCAGAUGAUCAAAGAAGGUGGGAUGAGGUCGCUGUGGAGAGGGAACGGAAUGAACAUCGUCAAAAUUGCACCCGAAACUGCCAUUAAGUUCAUGGCUUAUGAGCAGAUCAAGCGUUUGAUUGGCAGUGAUAAGGAGACACUUGGCAUCCUGGAGCGUUUUGUAGCUGGCUCUAUGGCUGGAGUCAUUGCUCAGAGCACCAUCUACCCCAUGGAGGUUCUGAAAACACGGCUUGCCUUGCGAAAGACUGGUCAGUACUCUGGCAUCUCCUACUGUGCAAAGAACAUCUUUAGGAGAGAGGGACUGGGUGCCUUUUACAAGGGCUUUAUCCCCAACAUGAUGGGCAUCAUCCCCUAUGCUGGAAUCGACCUGGCUGUGUAUGAGACAUUGAAGAACUCCUGGUUAGAAAAGUAUGGCACCAAAAGUACUGACCCGGGAGUGUUAGUUCUGCUUGGCUGUGGCACAGUCUCCAGCACCUGUGGUCAGCUGGCCAGCUACCCCCUAGCCCUGGUCAGGACCCGCAUGCAGGCACAAGCCAUGAUGGAGGGCAGCCCACAGAUGACAAUGUCAGGGCUCUUCAAACAAAUCAUUCAGACAGAAGGGGCCACUGGCCUCUAUAGGGGCCUGGCCCCUAACUUCCUGAAGGUCAUUCCAGCUGUCAGCAUCAGCUAUGUGGUGUACGAGAACCUGAAGAUGUCGCUGGGAGUUAAGUCGCGAUGAGAAGGUGACUCACGACAUCUGAAUGAUUCAGCUUUGAAAGCUGUGUGUGUGUGUGAUCCCUCCGAGUUGAGGCUCUGACACUUGAGGAAUCUCUGACACUUGAGAUUUGUGGAGCCAUCUCAUUCUAUGAAUGCCAAAAGAUGGAGUAGAACAAGGGACAAUAGAAUGAAAAGAAACGGUAUCAACUCUGUGAGCUGAAAUGGAGGGGGGCGGCGUCCCUCAAUAUUGCUAUUUCUACUAUUAUUUAAUAGUUUAUUUUAGAAGAUCAAUUGUUGAAUUAUUACCAGAAUUUGACAAUGAAUGUUGGUUAGCAACUCUGUAAUUGGGGACCAAUUAUUGCUGUUGCCAGUUUGUGGUUUAGUGCCUCUGUAAUAAUGUUCCUGUCUCUCUUUGGUUUCACUCAGUAAAUUAGGCUAUGCAACAGUGCAAACUGCACCAGACUCAUUAAGUAGAAACUACUUCAGUUAUGCCCAAUGCACAACAAAUGUUUUUGACUAACAUGAUGUAUUCAGACAUUUUCCUUAGCAUUAAUGGGUUUUCUGAGUAGUUACUGGCUAUCCCCCCCACAUUUGCCUGAUAUGAAAAUGAUAUUCGUUAAUGUUCCUUGGAUAUAAAGAAUUGGGAAAAAGCACGUGGUGAUUAUUUCCCCUUCUCACUUGGUGCAGAUAGACAAUUUAUAAACACUGCCAUUUAUUUUUGUUUUUUAUUGUCUGGGUAUGACAGUUAAGAAUGGCAUGUCUGUUUUUUGUUCAGAACAUAGCACUAACUGGCUUUAUGUUCAUAGGUUUGAUUGUUAUGGAUAACUAACUGAAGAGCCAUAUUAUGUACAAGUAUUGUGGGUGUGUUUGCAUAAGAAGCCAAUGUGAUCUUAUUUUGCAAUGUUAAAGAGCAUAUAUUUGUAAAUGUUUUCAAUGCAAACCAUGCAAUAAAUGAUUGCUUGAGUCCAUCCUGCAUAUUUUCACUUAAUAUAUAACUGUAAUAGUUUGUCCGUUUACAUUUAGUUGUUUAUUAUGGAAAUGCACAAUAAUUACUUCUGUGUUGAGUGCAAAUCUCUGUAUUUGAGCUCAAGUCAAGAUCAGGAGAGUCUUGGUUGUCAGGACACUUAAUCAAUGUCUUUAUACCUAAAACCAAAUAUGAUUUUAGAGCUUUGAGAAGAUCGAUGAGUAAUACUAAUGCACUUUAAUUCAUGCUGGAGACACAUUUGAGUGUUUUGCAUUAACUUUAGAUUGAAACUGGGAAUUCACUUCAACUUUUGUAAAUAAUAAUUGAAUUAUAAAAA